AUGGCCAAGUCUACUAGUCUGGGACUGGUUGAUAAACCAAAAAGAAAGAAUUUAAACAAACGAGGGAAGAAACUGGUGACAAAACAAGAGGCGGUACUGACACAGGAGCAGGAGCAGGAGCAGGAGCAGGAGCAUUAUCACCAUAACCAUCACCAUCACCAUCACCAUCAUCCUGGGAAAUGCAAGAGAAGCAUUUUUGCAGAUUCACCCGUGUAUAAUUUGCUUCACUAUUUUGAAAAAGCUCCCGACCAAUGGGCUGCAAGGUAUAUCCUUAUUCUCAGUUCGGUGCUCUUACAAACAGCAGUUGGGCUAGGCGGGCACUCAGGUAAGGGCACACCUCCAAUGUAUGGAGAUUUCGAGGCCCAAAGACAUUGGAUGGAAAUAACAAAUUAUUUGCCAAUUAGUCAAUGGUAUUUUUUUGAUUUGGCAUAUUGGGGGUUGGAUUAUCCUCCAUUGACUGCUUACCAUAGUUGGUUCUUGGGCAAGAUUGGCAAUUUCAUCAACCUGGCUUGGUUUCAUUUAAACAGCUCAAGAGGCAUGGAAAGUCAAGGGUUGAUCUUUUUUUUGAGAUUGACCAGCAUCAUCAGUGAAUUGAUGAUUUACAUACCAGCUGUUUUAUUGCUUGCGCAUAUCUUGGGGGGCAAGAGAUAUAAUCUAUCGAGAAUGGAUCAGAUCAUUAUUGCGUUGAUCAUUGUCAGCCAACCAGGAUUGACAUUGAUUGAUCAUGGACAUUUUCAAUAUAAUUCAGUGAUGUUGGGGCUUUUUCUAUAUUCCGUGAUUGAUUUGAUUCACAAUAACUUGGUAUUGGCAAGCAUUUGGUUUGUGAGCUGUAUCAAUUUCAAACAAAUGGGACUAUACUAUUCAAUUUUCAUUUUCUUCUAUAUACUUAGUCAAUUGAACCACUUUCAAGAUUUGAUUGCCGUUGGCGCAACUGUUGUUGUGACGCAGUUGAUCUAUUUACUACCUUUUUUACUCAGCAAUCAUCCAAUAAAGACCUUACAGCAGAUACUCAUUAGAGUAUUCCCGUUCAAUCGUGGUUUGUUUGAGGAUAAGGUUGCUAAUUUCUGGUGCACUACAAACAUUUUCAUCAAGUAUCGUGAAUUAUUCAACGAUUCUUCGCAAUUGGCCAGAUUGACCCUGAUAACAACAUUAUCGGUUAUUUUACCAAUAAAUAUCUACAUAUUCCUCAAAGUGAAAAAAGCAGCAUCAUCGAAAUCAAAAUCAAAUAUUCACAAACUAAAAGCACCAGCAAUAAUUUAUGGAUUUGCAUAUAACGCAUUAUCAUUCUACUUGUUUUCAUAUCAGGUCCACGAAAAAUCCAUUCUUGUGGCACUUUGUCCCAUCUUAUUGCUUUUAUUUAUUGACCCCGGGGAUAUAACCAUGAUUCAGUGGAUUAAUAAUAUAGGUACAUUUAGCAUGUAUCCGUUGUUGUACAAAGAUGGUCUAGUAUUGCAAUAUUUUGUCACCCAGUUUCUAAUCAAUUGGUUAAUUGGGUUUAAAUUGAUUAUACCAAAAGGGUGGCGGCAUUUGAACAGUAUAGUGAUAUGGUGCACUUAUCUUGGCAUGAUGGCUUAUCAUGCAAUUGACUUUAUGAUUCCUCCGCCAGCAAGAUAUCCUGACUUGUGGGUGAUUUUGAAUACGGCGAUCUCAUUUGUUGCAUUUGGAUAUUUCUGGCUUUGGUUGAUUUAUAGGAUAUAUAGAUUGUGA